AAAAUAGAACUACUCGCGGGGGAAAACAGAAGAGGAAGGCGCGGUCGGAAAGUGCAGAUAAAGCAGUAGGAGACAUUGUGGCUUUGUGUAUGACGCAAAGUUAGGUUGCUGGAGUAAAGUACCGUAAAAUAUGUUUCCUUUCGGUGGAGCCAUUUACGAGGUAAUCCGUGGGUUCUCCUCUAGCUCGCAGCCAGUGAAAGAUGAAUACCUUGACGCGGAAUAUGAUACUGCAGAGAGGUAUGCCAACGUUGAUUUGUUCAGCAAAGUUGUGGAAGGUCUGACCAGCGUUGACGGCGCUACCGCCGGUACGGGCUCUGCUCACCACUGGGCACUUGUAGUGCAUUUCGAAGACGACAGCUACAGACUUCUUGAAGGCAACGUGAACGACGACGGCUACCUGCACGCCUACUACCGCAAGCACCGCGGCGACGGGCUGACCAGGCUGCGGGCGCUGGGGCGCGUGCGCGUCUCCCCCUCCGGGCUGCGGGAGAUCGCGCGCCUCAACCGGCUCAACGGCUCCAAGUACGACCUCGUGGACAACAACUGCCAGGACUGGGCCGUGCAGGCGGCCAAGGACAUAUCCGCGGAGGUGGGGCGGGCGGCGGCGGCCGUCCCCCGGAUCGCGCCCGUGCUCUCCGCGGCGAGGAGCGUGGCCCUGGGCGCCACCUUCGGCCCGUCCGCGGCGCUCCUGGGCCUCGGGUACCGCCGAUGAGGCUCGGGUUGUGGUCGCCGGGGAUCAUUUGUUUUUGAAUUUUGCGUAAAUAACUGAGUAAAAAAAAGGGGGUUGUCUGCAGGGGCACUAGGCACUAGGCAACCGCCUAGGGCGCCAAGUAGCUGGGGGCGGCGCAGCACGACACAUAACAGCUGAUGUAAUAUGUUUAACGAUUGUUGAAGCUAGAUGAAAAUGGAUUUUUGUAACAGUUUGGAAUGUUUAUAUUGAUAUAAGUAAUUAUUUAAAAGUCCACGGUGACCUGUUUAUUAUUUGUAAUAGUAAUAAGUUAAAAAGAAAAAACAAACAAGCCUGCUUACAUUUGAUUGUUGACAGAAUAUUAGGCUUACGUGAUGUAUUUUGAGGCAUGGUCAAUUUUUUUUGGGGUGUCCGGCCCGGGGGGGGGGGGGGCAAUAAAGGUUUUUCUCCUAGGGCGCCAAUUUACCUUGCACCGGCCCUGUGCAGGGGCACAACAACUAAAUUUCCAAAGGGAGGGCAAUAUACCUUUUUAUAAAGAAUCAUCGAUCCCCCAUAUUGAAGCGGGGGGUUCCGGGGGUCCUCCCCCAGGAAAAUUUGUAUUUCAAGGUGGAAAAUGGUGCUAUUUAAGCAGUUUUAUUAUCUAAAAAUUGAUUACACAGCACUUUCUUUGCCCCUGUUUGCCCCCACUUAUAGGUUUCUGAGGGGGAGGGGGCAAAAUACCCUUGCCCCCCUACCUGUUGUUGCGCCCCUGGUUGUCUGUAAAGUCGGUUUACUUACGACAAUUAUACGUGAUAACGUCAUAAGAAAUCAUUGAUGAAAAAAAUUGCAUACUUUUUUAAUUUUCAAAUAUUAUUUACAGUUUUUUGCUAAUUUAAUUUAAAUAAUUUGUUUAAAUAUGAUCACGUACAAUUAGUUUAAACAAUCCCGCCUUAACCUGUUUUGAUAUUAUAGAAGAUUUUCUCGCACGGGAGUUCAUCGAUUUAUAAGAAAGACAUCACGUCAAAAGAACUCCGGAGACUAAUACCCGACAGCUCUAUACUAAAGACACAAUGGGAGAGUGUAAAAAAAAUAAUCUAGUGACAAGAGGUGUGACUACAAGAAUAUUUUUAUCAUAAAUUGUUAAAUAUAUAUUAAAUUAUCUUCUAUCAACAUUAUUAUUUUUAAGAAUUUUAAAAUAACGGAGUUUUAUUUCCAUCCUCUCCCCCCCCCCCCCCCCCUCUUAUAAUCUGUACAGUUAUUUAAAAAAAACUUUUUGUCAUUGUCAUAAUGUUGGUACCUCUUAUAUUAAACAAAUAAUAUUUUUCAGGGAAUCCUUCUUUUCACAGACGAGAGAGCCAAACGCCCCAUCGUGUAUCUUCGGGUUAUUUUUUUUCAUUGUAAAUAAAUAUGGCGGUGUUGAUAAAAGGAUACUAAUGGUCAAUUAGGUUAGGUUAGCUACAUUAUAAAUACUUUAAAACAUCGUGGACGGCUGAUUUGGUUAGGAUAGCUACAUUAAAGAUACGGGAAAAAACAUGAACUUCGGGUUUUGGCUCUUUCGUCUGUGAAAAGAAGGCUUCCCCAUUUUUCAUACUGGGCGUACUGCCUGCCAUCUAUCGGACUGAAUUGACGAUGCCAGGUUUUCACACAAACAUUUUGGAGCUGUCCGGUAUUAGUCUCCAGUGUAUUUGAUAUGAUCUCCAUUGAAAACAUGAUUAUUUGUAAUAAGUAAAAUCAGAGUAGUUUUUUGCAGUCUACUAAAAAUUGUGUCGGACCAUCCUGAUGCCCCCUCUGACCCAGCGCCUGGACCACGUUGCCCCCCCCCCCCC